AUGGGCUGUCGGGUAAGCAUGGGGCAGAUCGAGUUUGUUGGGCUUCGGCAGGCCGGGGAUGGUUUCUAUGGGGCUUGGACAGGCCGGGGAUGGACAUUAACUGGACCGGAUUGUGCUCCCGCCGGACACCGGGCCACCGGCCUACGAUUGUCUAUAACCGACCUUACUCCUCUCGCGCGACUCGGAGAGAACAGAAAGGACUUCUUAAACCCCUGGAUUCAGUUGUAUAACCCCGUGAAACCUGACCUCCCUUCUCCCCGCCGGAGAGAGAGAGGGGCAAAGAGCGCCUUCUUCAGCGGUUGUAUACCCUCUUCUCUCUCUCUAAUGGCGACGGCAGCAGAUGCUCAAGCGGUGAAGUCACUGAAUAAGUCUCCGGGUCGGAGGCGCUUUGUGUUCAAGACAUUUUGUCAGCGCAUUGAGGAAAUUGACAUUGAUGUCUUCCGUAGUCUCGAUCCUCUCAAAUCUGAGCCAUCCGAAGGCUCCUCAUUUUUCCGGGACUGCCUUGUGGAAUGGAGGGAAUUAAACACUGCAGAGGAUUUUAUAACCUUCUAUGAGCAAAUGAUGCCAUUUGUGCAAACAUUACCACAAAUAAUUUUGCACAAAGAAUUGAUACUUUCAGAACUACUCUCUCGACUGCAAAUGAAAGGGAGACUUUCUCUUGAGCCUAUACUAAGGUUGCUUGCAGCUUUAUCCAGAGAUCUUCUGGAGGAUUUUCUCCCCUUUCUGCAGAGGGUAGCUGGUUCUCUGGUAUCUCUUCUCAAAAGUGGGGCUGAUAGAGAACCUGAGAUAAUUGAGCAGAUUUUUACUUCAUGGUCAUCUAUCAUGAUGUAUCUGCAGAAAUAUCUUGUACGGGAUGUAGUUCACAUUCUCAGUUACUUGAUUCACCCUAUCCCCUAG